CCCUCCCUUUGUUUUUGAUCCCGUCCUUCACUGACGCUGUGACCACCAUCCUAUCAUCUCAUCCCUCGUUCUCACUCUCAUCCUUUACUUCACUCUGGCGACUUGACAUCUAACCUUCUGUAGCUUUCAAUUUUGGUCACAUCGCCGACCCAGUGUUCAGCCACGAUGUACACCUCACCCCUCGUCGUCCUCCUCUCACUCGUCUCGGCUGUCCAUGCUCAAUCUAGCGAUGCUAGUUCCGCGGGAGCCACGCCGACUUCCAGUCAAAAUGGAGCUGGGUCAGCACCGACAUCCAGCUUUUCCGUCGAUCCAAAUUUGCCUCAGACCCCAUUGACAAUGGUCGCUGGGCAGACCAUCCCUAAUCUCGCUGAACUCACCUCUGGCGCACCUGUCCAAUCUGGAGUCCCUCUCGCCACGACCUACAGUCAAGGCAUCCAACCAUCUGUUUCCCGUGCGCCUGCUCUCCCUAAUCCCACCUUGACGGUGUCCAACUACCCCGCUUUGGACCUGACGCCACCGACCGAUUCGCCAGAGGUCCAAGAAUGGCUGUCAAAGAUCGACAUGAGCAAAGUACCAAACUAUAGUCAAACGGACGGGACGUGUGCUGGCUCUCCCGGCGCAAUCUCUGAUGGACGUUGCUGGUGGACAUGUGGAGGAUGCACUCGUUCAUCCGACAUUACGAUUUGCCCUGACAAGAUGACCUGGGGUGUCUCAUACGAUGAUGGUCCUUCCCCAUACACUCCGUUGCUGCUCGACUACCUUGCCGCCGUCAACAUCUCCACCACCUUUUUCGUCGUCGGUUCCCGAGUGAUCUCUCGACCUGAAAUGUUACAAGCGGAAUACAUCCAAGGUCAUCAGAUCUCUGUCCAUACCUGGUCUCACUCGUCCAUGACGACAUUGACCAACGAGCAGAUUGUCGCAGAGCUUGGCUGGACCAUGAAAGCCAUUCGAGAUGUUAUCGGUGUGACGCCAAACACCUGGAGACCACCUUACGGAGAUAUUGACGAUCGAGUCAGAGCCAUUGCUGCUCAGAUGGGUCUCACUGCGGUCAUGUGGUCUGCCAUCACCGAGAAUGGAGUCACGACAGACUUCGACACGGAUGACUGGCGCAUUCCAGGUGGUGCUGCCAACGGCCCUUCUUCCUUGUCCAAAUUCAACACCAUCUUGGACACCUAUGUCCCUUCGCUCAGCACCGGAUUCAUUGUUCUCCAACAUGAUAUCUACCAGCAGACGGUCGACUUGGCUGUGGGGUAUGUCAUGCCCAUGGCCAUCCAGUCGGGUAAAUUCACCUUCAAGUCAAUUAUCAACUGUCUUGGAUAUCCGAACUCUGAAGCAUACAUUGAGACCUCUUCCAAUACCACUCAGACUGCCAUCACCUCUGCAGCAUCGACAUUCUACCAAGCUUCCAUAGGUAGUGCGACUGGAGCAGCGGUCACCGCCAGCGGAGUCAGUGCAUCAGGAUCAGCAGGACCGUCAAGCGCUUCGGGAAGCUCAUCAGCAUCUACCAGCGGUGCAGCGACACGUUCCGCCAAUCUUGGAUUACCAGGUCUCGCGCCAGUGGUCGUUUCCUUGCUCGCUCUGGGUCUCGGUGCCGUCAUCAUAGCAUGAUCUGGUCAGCCCUCCCGAGCUCUCUGUGCCCUCAACUCUCAGCUACCCCAGCAUUUCACCCCUAGUCGUUCACUACCUAGUCUGCCAUUUCACUUGUCGAAGCUCCUGUAUCUCCUCCCCUCACGGACUAUUCAUGCAUGAUCUGAUCUGCCGAGCUGCACGUGGCUUCCACGC